UUCCGGUUUCCCAUGAUGCACCAGCGGGGGAAAUUCAAUUCAAACCGACAUGGGCGAGGAGAGACUCGGAAAAGAACAGGAAGUAAACGAAAUCAUGACUGUUAUCAAAAAAGCCGAGUGUGUAGUCGAUAGUCGUGAUGAAAUUCAAGGUGGACUCGAUCAGGGUGAUGCACAACUGAGCGAGGAACCUGCAGAAGAUCAGGAAACCCAAGGAGAGACGGAGAAGCCGAGCGGGUUGUGUUCAGUCCAAAUGGUCCACACUGAUGAUCUCAGUGAUGUCCAGCUCCAUAAAGCUGCUGAAAAUAUGGACGUGUCUCAGAAUGCACCAGAAACUUUACAGGAAAACCAAGAAAGCACCGGAGCAUGGCAGAGCCAGCAGGACCAAAGUUUUCUCCCUGGACACAUGAGCGGACAGGAGGCGUCUGAUUACAGCCAAGUGGCAGCACAGCAGCCUGUGUGUGAUGAUGAGGACGAUGAGGAGAUUGCGAGGAGAGCCCGAGAGGAGGGUCGCGUGGACGUGGUGUUUCCAGGAAGCGUGACACAUGACGGCUGUUGCAGAUUCGUCUGCGAACUUCUCAAGUGCGUCCUGUACCAGAGGCAACAGCUGCCCAUGACGUACGACCAGAUGGUCUUCUUUCAAAAGCAGCAGCUUGCAACCACACAGAUGGAGGAAGGAGCCGUCAGGAAAUCCGUCAAAACCUCGGGAGACUCGACUUGGCAUCGGUGCCAGCGGACGCUGCGAGACCUGGAUGAAGUGCUGGGCCACCUGGAGGUGCUCUUCUCUCUCAGCGUCGUCCCUCGUGUGCUCUUCCUGCUGGGAAGCUCGGGGAUCCUUCCCACAGAGUUAUACGAGAUCAACCUGGAGGCUUUGGUGCAGGGAGGUAGCGACAGGAGUUUAAGAACUUCAGCAUGUUUGAGGCGACUGUUCCGCACUCUUUUCGUGGCUGAUUUGCUUUCUGACGUUAAGCCAGUGCGCCUCAUGGGCACCACGGUCAUGGCUCUCGCCCAUCGGGACUGUGGUGUGGAAUGGUUUAAACCCAAAAUCAACUUCAAAAUUCCCACCAGGGUAAAAAGGCAGGUGAUAGCGUUAGCCAGCGCUGCUUCAGGAAGCGGUCAGAGAAAAGCAGACACGAGAGACUGUGAUGAUUAUAUAUGGUUUCAAACACCUGUAGCUAUUAAGGGUUUCUGUAAAUGACCCUGUCCUGAAUGUAAGAAAAACAUGGUGCUGAUUUUUCAGGGAUUGAUGAGUAUAACUGAUGGAAAAACCUCGGAAUUUAGUUAUUUUUUACAUUUUAUUCAUAAUUUUCUUUUUAAACGAAAUGCCAUUAAUUCACAUUGCCAUUAACGGCUUAAUUCUAUCAUUGAUGUGCUUCUCUUCAAUAAUUCUAACUGCAUUUUUUAUAAUGGAGAGACAAGUUUUUUGUUUUUUUUCCCUUUAUUAUGACACAAUACAUUUCCAACACGUCUUAUCUUGGGAACGCAGACUAAUAGUGUGAUCAACUUAACAGAAAUCUAAAUUAUUUCUAUACCUGAAGGUUAACUUUUAUACCAAUUCUAUAUUUUUUUAUACACAGUGACAAGAACUAGUCUAUUAAAAUGUUUCAUGACACACUA